GUCUCGCUUAAAUUAUCCAAGUUCUUGCAUAAAACAUAAAUCAACCAACCUCACAUCUUCAUGGCUUGCCUGACAAGCAGCAUCCAGAACAUCAUCCAAGCUCCAAACAUGGAAACGCCAUCUGAAGAUUCAACGCCUAAGCGGCAUUCUAGACAUGGCUCGUCGGGCAGAGGUCAGUGAUACUAUUUUGUUGUUCUUAUUAUGCUUCUCUGCUUAACUCGACUCCGUGGCUGGUUUCUGCAAUGUCUUGAUCUUAAAGGGUUGUGAAGCUCUUAGUUUCUAGUCGCGCUGUCGUGCACUUCAUCAUCGCCAUGAUCAUCAUUAUACAGUUCUAUCCUUCUUUAUUCUUUGCGAUUCCGCACCCUGUAGCUGCAGCGGCCAAUGGUUGGCGAUCGUGCUGGCAUUCUUCGAAGUCACGUGCUUGUAUCAAACCCGAGAACGGCAUGUUGUGAUCCAAGCGGAUCGUCGAAACAAAGUGUUUUCCUCUCAAAGUCAUAAACAUCGCGCCUAGCGCUUAGCAUGCGAUAUGCAACAACGUGUUAAGAUGUUUAUUUUGAAAUCAACUUAUGCAAGAGUUCUCCGAGAUUAGAGACUUGUAUGCGGAAUGCUCCAUUCAAAUCAUCACUGCCGUCUCAUCACAUUUAUCACCCAAAAGGCGCAACUUAAGGCUCUUAGAGAUUACUGAUGAUAUUUAUUUCUACAGCUCUUCCUCGACGACCUACUCGUGGACCACUUGAUAUCAACGACGCACCAAUCAGUCCCUCCAGCCCCCUCUCAACAACAACAACAACACCCAAACUCAACAAGGCGCCCUCAUCCCUCCUCUCACCAACUCAAUCCCAAUACCUCACACCCCGACUCCCCUCCCCGGGCCCAGGAUCCAACCUCUCCAACCUCUCAUCCCCCUCCUUCCGCACCGCCAAGACCUCCCUCUCCCCCUCCCGCUCCAACAUGUCCGGCCUCACCACCAGCGCCUCAGCCAGCUGCAUAACAUCCAAAGACUUCUCGUUCCUCCUCCGCCCAGAGAUCUACCACCCUCUCACCCUACUGGACGUGCCACCCCCCUUCCGCGUAACAUCCUCACAGGUCGACCCCUUGACACCCCUCAACGCGCUCAUUUCCUCAGGCCAUUUCCGCGCUGCUGCCAUCAAAGCCGCCUCAAUACUAACGUCUACAUCGAAUCCAAUCUCGCCAUCUGAUCAUAUCCAGAUCUUCGACCUGGUAUACACCCGUCUUGCGAGCCUGACGCUGUGUAACCAAACCACUCUAGCUGCCCAGGAGGUCAAAGCGUUAGAAGAUCUGAAUAGUGCGUAUUACCGCGACGAGAACGACGGGUCGCAUCUCGUGCCGUGGGAGUUGAGGGUCCUGGCUGUGAGGCUGCAGGGGAUGGGGUUUAAUGAUGCGAGGAGGGGGGUUGUGGGGUAUUAUGAUUUGGCGAGGGAGGCGAGGCUUGUUCAGUCUUCGUUGAAGAAGAGUCGGCGGGAGAUGAAGGCAAAAUCUCUAAAUUCUUCUGCAAAUAUCGAGGGUGCUGAAUCUGAUGAAAGCCAAGGAGAUGGAGAAGUCGACCAAAAAAUUGGAGAGGUGGACCGCGAAAUCCAGCUUUGGGAAAACCGUCUAGCAGAACUGGGAAUCCGCGUCGCUUCUGCACUGAUAGAGAUGGAAGACCUCGAGGGCGCUACACGUUUCCUUGCCUCUCUCACUCCACCCCAGUCCACAUCCUCACCAUCUUCAUCCUCAUCCUCACACCUCGCCAUCCAAAAAGCCCUCCUCUGGCUCUGCAUCGGUGACGUCGAAGCCGCGCGCUCCUGCGUCAUUGGCGCCGCAUCUGGAUCCGAGAACGACCAAGGUCGCAUCUCUACCUGGCAGAAAGUUAUUCUUGCGUUGGCGAAUAUGGCGGAUAGUGAGUUUGAGAGGGCGGUGGAGGGGUGGAGGGCGUUGAUUGAGGGGGAUGGUGAGGUUGAGGGGGGAGAUGAUGGGGUGGAACGGGAGAGGGAGAGGGAGAGGGAGAAGGCGAUGUGGAGGCAGAAUUUGGGGGUGUGUUAUUUGUAUUUGGGGAGGAUGGAUGAGGCCCGCACCCUCCUCGAAUCCCUCAUCAGCACAUCCCAUUCUUUCCACGCUUUGACAUUCAAUUUAUCUACCAUCUACGAGCUUUGCACGGAAAGGAGUAGGGCGCUGAAGAUUGGACUUGCGGAGAAAGUGGCUGCUAUGUAUCAGGAUGGAGGUGACGAGAGGGGAGGGGGGAGGGAAGGUGGAAGCGUGGGAUGGGAGAAGGUUAAUGGGGAUUUUAAAUUGUAGCGGUUUGGGUAGGGCGGAUGGGUGGUGGAGGAGGGGGAAGGAAAUGGUGUAUGAUACAUGGAUAUAAUCGACCGCUCCAAAGAAGUCGAUAAGAGAUUUCUAUGCUAGGCGAAAAAGUAUUGCAUCAAAUAUACAUCGUAACUAACCUUG